UGUCGCGAAAUGUCUCCCCUAACAAAUAUAGGGAAGUCGAUUGCUUGUCUAUUUAUGGACACGAUGUUGCGUCGUAUUUUUUAAUUUAUGUUUCUGGCGUCGCUCGGUCCAGUUGUGGUCUUACAUGGAUUCCAAGGUUUCUGAAGGUAAAGUUUCCCGCCCCUUGAGACGGUCGGCGCGGCAGACGACAGUUAAAGGGCCUGGCUUUGAAGCGACCCCUAGGAGUCCUUUAAAGAGGACCAAAAAGGGGUUAGAAAACAAAGCUCCUGGUGCAGCAGUCAAUGGCUCCAAAGAUGAGGAGAAUGACUCGGAAGAGGAAGAGCAGCCACGCAAGAAGAGCCGGCUGGACACUGGAGGACCGGUGGACGGCAGGGGGGAUGAAAACGAGAUGGAUGUCCAGGAGUCAGCUGAAGCCAUGGAGAAAAAUGGAGACCAGGAAAUAAAUGUUGGACAGGACAGCCCUCCUGACACUCAUCUGCCAGAAACGCGCCAAGGACAUGUGGACUUGAACGUCAACGUGAACUUCAACCCUUUGGUAGUGCUCGGCGAACGCUGUCAAACCAGUCGUACCAUAAAUGAAGACUCGAAACCAACAAACAAAGUAAAACCAUCAGCAGAAGCACCUGCACCCCCCACCAAGCCUCCCAUGCCGAUCAGACCACCAGCAAACAGAUACGAUGCGCCGAAGAUCACCAGCAUGGCCGAGUACAGGAGGACGAUGGAGGGCAAAGUCAAGAGCACUGCUACACCCAGAGUGAACCACCUUGUUCCAGGCGUGUAUCCAGCCUCGCAGAAAUCCUGCACAAUGAGACAACGAGUUAAUGACAUUCCAACGCAGUCCAUUCGUCACAAAAAACAAGAAGGGUUAAAGAAAGCUGCUGUCGCCAGGAGAAGCUCUGGGAAUUCCUCCAGAGGAUUCAAGUGGUGUUUAUGGAUUUUGGUUCUGCUGGUUCUGCUCAACUUUGCCACCUUUCUGGCAUACAAGUUCAUUCCUGUACUCCAAAAGAGGGCAGCUGGUGGGGCAUCUCCAUCCAGGGUUGUAAAACCAGAAGAGUUUGCUGAUCACUUGUCUCUUCUUGAGACUCAGUUCCCCAGUCAGCGACCUGAGCUGUGGAAGAGGAGCAAGAUCCACCUGGAGAAGCACCUGAAAACAGCUCAGCCCACAGAGCCAGUCAGUCUUAUCCUCACCGCAGGCCGAACAGCUGGGAGGACACUUGGCUGCCUGGCUCAGGCUCUGGCCUCUUCCUUCUCAUCUGCCCUCAACGCCUCCGUCCUCCACAUCCAUGGAGCCAGCAAAGCAGGCCAGGACAGCGAUGAGGUGAAGCUGGACAUUGACUACCAGCUGCAAGCAGCCUUCGAGGGUGAAAAACCUGUGGCAGUCAUUCACCGUUUUGAGGAGCUGCCUCCGGGCUCCACCCUUAUUUUUUAUCGCUACUGUGACCAUGAGAACGCUGCAUACAAGCAAGUGUUCCUGUUGUUCACUGUGCUAUUGCCUCAAGAUGAGGUCAGCGCUGAGCUGAGCCUAAAAGAGGUAGAGGAGAUGGUGCAAGACUAUGUUAAAGAAAGGCUGGUGGGGUCCAGCAGCCAAGCUGCCUUCAAUAAAAUGGAUACUGACAAGUAUGGAGGACUGUGGAGUCGCAUCUCCCAUCUAACCCUGCCUGUGGUGUCUGAGGAGGAAGUGGAGCAGAAAGGAUGCUGAUGAAACAAGGUGGCAUCUCGCAAGAUGUCAGAUUACCACAUUGGACCAGACUGGUUGUUCUUAGCGUUGCGCAAGGAGCUAUGAGACAGAAGUUACAUGGAAAUAUACGUCUGCUGUGAUGUUUCACAUGUAGACAGCUUUGUAAGUGUUGAAGGUUGUGUUCAUAUCUCAUCACAGGUGAGAUCGUGCUCAAGUCACAGUCAGACGUUCAUCACACAGUUUGACUGACAGAAGAUGCACAACAGGUUUUACAUCGUCCACAUGUACAGACUUGGCGGUUUUACCAACCGUGUUGCACCGUCAUUCAGCUUUUAAAGUCAAAUGCAUUUCCUGAUUCAGCGUGUUUGCUUUAUGAUGAACUUCCCAUCUGAGAAGAGUUUUUGUUCAGCUUGAGUCACACCAGGUCCUUCUGUGGAACCAACACAUGCUUCAUUUUCUGAGUGUUUUUGUUUUGUAUCCAAUCUCUGAGACGACUGAUGGCCCCAUGGACGAGUGUCCCUUCCUUCAUUCCGAUGUGUGAGCAUUGGAUUAGUUUUGCACUGAACAUGUUUGUUUUUGCUUUAACUGUUCCUCCCAUCGAUAGUGCUGGCUUUUAUGAAGAUGGAUAUUUUAUAUGCUUUGUUUACUUGUGAUGUUUCCUAGUUUUUUGAUAGUUGUGUGUGUGUAUAUAUAUAUAUAUAUAUAUAUAUAUAUAUAGGAUAAUAAAAGGUUUGUUUUGUGAACCUUUUGUCAAGAAACCACUGAAUUGUACCUACAAUGUUGUCCACUUAAUAACCUGCAAGUUUUUGAAUUUGUAAAAAUGUUUUGACUGAACAGAAGUCACAAAUUGUGCCUUAAACAGGAAGCUGAAGGUUAAAGUUCUCAGUAUCUUGAUGCUGCCUCCUGACAACAUCAAAACUCAACAAAGGUUUCUUGCUUUUAAAUCUUUCUGAUUUGUGUUAAAUCCACAUUUUCAUGUGGGGUUCUUCUCAGUGAAGCCACUCAUUCCUCUUAUGUCAUCAUUCUGAUACGUUCUGUGCUUUUGAAAACCUGACUGUUUUCCAAUAAAGAUUAUUUUGAUACCUAGAA